AUGGCUUUCACACUAAACUUAAUGUCUUUUCUAAACAUAGCUAUUGUGAUAUUGAUUUCGAAGCGUUUAUUUGUAGUUUCAAGGCGUGUUCAAGUGUCCGUUGACAAAUCAGUAACGGUCCAGAACAAUGUCGACGAUCUAGUGAUAAACUUGCCUGGUCAGCCUAAUGUAGACUUCCGACAUUAUGCUGGAUAUGUGAACGUAAAUGAGAGCCAUGGAAGGGCGUUAUUUUACUGGUUCUACGAAGCUUGGACUCUAACGGAUGAGAAGCCCUUGGUGUUGUGGCUUAACGGAGGACCUGGGUGUUCGUCAGUGGGAUAUGGAGCAACACAAGAAAUCGGGCCAUUCCUUGUGAGAACAGAUGGAAAAGAUCUGCAACUAAAUCCCUACUCAUGGAGCCGAGAAGCAAAUAUGUUGUUCCUCGAAUCUCCUGUUGGAGUUGGCUUUUCAUACUCCAACAAAACUAAUGAUUACGAUAAUCUUGGAGAUGACUUCACAGCUAAUGAUGCGUAUGCGUUCCUGCAUAACUGGUUCCUUAAGUUCCCUUCAUAUAGGAAUAGAACGUUCUAUAUCGCUGGCGAGAGCUAUGCAGGAAAGUAUGUUCCGGAAUUGGCAGAGCUUAUCCAUGAUAAAAACAAAGACCCUCUCUUGUUUAUAAAUUUAAAAGGCAUAUUGUUAGGAAACCCUGAAACAAGUGAUGCUGAGGACUGGAAAGGUAUGAUUGACUAUGCUUGGAGCCAUGCUGUGGUAUCCGACGAAACUCACAGAAUUAUAAGAGAUUCCUGCGACUUCACCACCAACAAGAACAGUGAUGACUGCUACCAAGCCGUGGAUGAAGUUCUUAUUCAAUAUGAAAAGAUAGAUAUAUACAGCCUUUACACACCGGUUUGUAUUGCAAAUUCAGCAUACGCAGAAACAAAAUCAAUGUAUGCUGCGGCUAAGAAGGCCACAUCUAAGAUGAUGCCACGCUUAAUGGGAGGAUAUGACCCUUGCCUAGACGACUACGCAAAAAGUUAUUAUAAUAAACCCGAUGUUCAGAAGGCUCUGCAUGUUGGAGAUGGGCUGCAACUCAAGAACUGGAGCAGUUGCAAUAUGGACAUAUUUUAUGGCUGGAAACAAACAAAAGAUUCUGUUCUUCCAAUAUACAAGAAACUAAUUGAUGCCAAACUCAGAAUAUGGGUCUACAGUGGAGAUACCGAUGGAAGGGUCCCUGUGUUGUCCACAAGAUAUAGUUUAAGCGCUCUUGGCCUGCCUAUUAUUCGAUCAUGGAGGCCCUGGUAUCACCAAAAGCAGGUUGCUGGUUGGCUGCAAGAGUAUGAAGGACUUACCUUUGCUACCUUUAGAGGAGCUGGUCAUGCUGUGCCCAUCUUCAAGCCAAGCGAGUCAUUGGCAUUCUUCACUUCCUUUCUUCUCGGCGAGUCUCCACCAUUGGAUCGAUAAAUGCUAGCUAGAUACAUAUAUACAUGGGAAUUUCCCUU